UCGGCGCCGUCUCGCCUCAUCCCGAAGCAGGCGGCUGAGCGGCGCACGCCUCGUUCUGCGCCCUGCCCCGGGGCGCCACGCCGGUGCCUCGGCUCAGCCGCGAGGGCUCUUUCGCGCACACCCGGGCAGGGUCGCGUGGCGCACGGAGCAGACCGGCGAAAUCGCGGAGUAUCCCCUCAUUUCAUCUUGGACCACUCUGAAUCCAUCAGCAUGACAAUUUUCUCUGUCUGAAACAUAGUGUUUGCCUGGCAAUCAGUGACAGCUGUUGCACCAUGGGCCUGGAGAAUGAGUUUCCCAACACCACAGCCUUCUGGUUCCCCUCACCCUCUCAGUUUGACAGCUUUUCCCCAGAGACUCCUGCCACCAAUGCCUCCAUCAACAUCACAAGCCACCACUAUGACUUGACUAGCAAUGCGAUCCUCACCUUCAUCUACUUUGUGGUGUGCAUCGUGGGCCUGUGUGGCAACACUCUGGUCAUCUAUGUCAUUCUCCGCUACGCUAAGAUGAAGACUAUCACCAACAUCUAUAUACUCAACUUGGCCAUAGCUGACGAACUAUUCAUGUUGGGACUGCCUUUCCUGGCGAUGCAGGUGGCUCUGGUUCACUGGCCCUUUGGGAAAGCCAUCUGCCGCGUCGUCAUGACAGUGGAUGGGAUCAACCAGUUCACCAGCAUCUUCUGCCUCACAGUAAUGAGUGUGGAUAGGUACCUUGCUGUAGUGCACCCCAUCAAAUCUGCCAAGUGGAGACGGCCAAGAACAGCAAAGAUGGUCAAUGUAGCUGUCUGGGGCAUCUCCCUUCUGGUCAUCUUGCCCAUCAUGAUAUAUGCAGGAGUGAGCCAGAACCACGGGAGCAGUAGUUGUACCAUGAUCUGGCCAGAUGACUCUGGUGCUUGGUAUGCUGCCUUCAUCAUCUACGCCUUCAUCCUGGGCUUCUUAGUACCCCUUACCAUCAUCUGCCUUUGUUACCUGUUCAUCAUCAUCAAGGUCAAAUCCUCUGGCAUCAGAGUGGGCUCCUCCAAAAGGAAAAAAUCAGAGAAAAAGGUCACCAGGAUGGUCUCCAUUGUGGUUGCUGUUUUCAUCUUUUGUUGGCUGCCCUUCUACAUCUUCAACGUCUCAUCGGUCUCAGUUUCAAUUGUGCCAACACCGGUCCUCAAGGGCAUGUUUGAUUUUGUAGUGGUCCUCACCUAUGCCAAUAGCUGUGCCAACCCCAUCCUUUACGCCUUCUUGUCUGAUAACUUCAAGAAGAGCUUCCAGAAUGUCCUCUGCCUGGUGAAAGUGAGUGGCAUGGAUGAAACGGACAGGAGUGACAGCAAGCAGGACAAGUCCAGGCUAAAUGAGGCUACAGAAACCCAGAGGACAUUGCUCAAUGGUGACCUGCAGACAAGCAUCUGAAAGAGCUCCGUGAUUGUCCAUUCAUCUCCUUCCUGCUUCUUCAAGAAGGCAGCAGCCCCUACCAAGUCAGGUCAAGAGCCUUUGCCCCUUCUCUUGAGGGAAUGGUGCAUGCAUGUGAUGGAUAGGUUCCAGGAACAGAUUGGCUUCUCAGCCAAAGCAGGCUGGUUCUGAGGAUAUUUAUCAAAAGGAGGUGCAUACUGUGGGGGUGAUAGACUAGAAAUACACACUGGUGUAUGUGCACUGAUAUAUGCAUGUUUGAAUACAUGGUGUGAUCAAGCAGUGGGAUGAUCCCUGCAUCAAAUCCAUUUGAGGUAAUCUGAGCUUUGAAAGGGGGAAAAAAAAACCAUCAGAAUUUAGAUUUUCUAGUGUGCACCAAGUCUGACUUUUAAAUGCUCCAUCUCUGAUAGGUGAGUCAAACUGUUGUUUAAAAACAAACUUCGCUGACACUUAAAUACCAGAAACAGAUUUUUUUCCCAAGUGUCAAGUAGAAAAAACAAAUUCAGAUUUUGGAACAUUUUAAAACCAAACUUUUGGACUCCCAUUCCAGUACCAAAUUGUGGAUGCUUUGAAGGUUUAGCUCUGUGUUUUUUAAAUAGGCAAAACAUUAAAUUCAUACAUUUUAUAUCAAAAUGAAAAUCAGAACAGUCAUUUGUAUUUGUGUGUGUCUGGUAGUGGAAGGAAGGGCAACAGAAUAAAAAUGUUAUCUUGCCGUGGUUUACAGAGCAGCUGGUGAAAUGGGACCUUCACAGUGUGCUUCUGAGGGAAGACAGAAGUGUUGCUGGACAUAAUCAGAUGCCCUUGCUAUGAAUUUUCAGGGAUAAAGUAUCUUGCCCACCUCCAACUUUUGCCUCCCCUAUAAUGGGCUGCUCAUGGAAAGACCUUCUGUUGGUAGGUUUCUGUUGACAGUGUAUGAGAGCAGAUCUCUAGCAUUGGCUAGCAGUUCAAAACACGCAGUUAGGCAAUACUUGCAUUAGGACCAGCCAAACAGGCACAAAGCCAAGAGCAAGAUUUGGGGUUCUCCAGAAAUCUUAAUCUGGCUGGAUCUUGCUCACAACUCUUGACAUGUUGACUAGUCUUAAUAAGAGGCUACUGCAGGGUGGCUUUUGGGUGCCUUUUGAACAACCGAUGUGGCUACCUACAACUUUUGUCAAAUGAGUGAGUGUGCCUUUUUUCUUCUCUGUCAUGCCCCAUCCCUGAUCGAGAGGCUGGAUGACAAGAGCCAUGAUGCCAUGUGCAUUGCCCUCAAGAUCUUAACUUCCAUUGUGCAAGGAGAAAGAACAGAACUUUAAUCCUACUUGAAAACAGGCAGGUCAAAUCUAGCGAAAGCUCAGGGCAGAAAACAGAGAAGUGCAAAGGGAUUCCAGCAAACCUUCUGGAGUGGGGCGGCAUCAUUUCCUUGAGUUUCCUGUCUCUCACAUGAUUCCUUAUUUCCACAGUGUCCCAUGGCUGUCAUUCCUUCUUUUCUUUCUCCAUCCAAAUUCCUGCCAGAAUUUCUACAUUCUGCAUAACUUUGCAAAGUGCUAUAUUCAGAACAAAGUAUACAAAUUAAGCAAACUCUUUUAUCUUUGUUCAAGGUUUGGGGGCUGCAGCAGGAGCAAUGUUAGGUAUGAAAAAAAUUCAGGGUUCAUAAAUAUUUGCAUAUGCUGAUUGAUAUAUGCAAGUAUGUCUGCAUAAUUAAAAUUAUUACUACCAUUUCAAUUGUAUGGAAAGCAAGCUGAUUACCCACUUGCUCACUGUCACGGGAAGACCAUGCUAUCUCCCCAGCUGUACUUACUUAAGACUUACCCUCCACACCCCACAUUUUUUCUUGGUCUUUCACACCCAGAUUUGGAUGGGAAGAUGGAAUGCUUGGUACUGCAAGGGGCUGCACGGCAUGCGAAAGAGCGAGCAAGUAUGUGGGAAUAUACAGCAAACUGUCACAACCCAUAUUCUUACACAAUUACUAAGGCGCCACCCCCAUUAAACGUACUGGGACUUACUUCUGGGUAAAUCUACACUCAUUUUUAUCCACUACCCACCCAGCACUAGCAAGCAUAACAGUCAAUAACCUCAGGAGUCAAGGAUGUGGCUCUGCUCCACUUGUGUUCCAGGUGAGAACACAGACAGCCACUGUCAAAAGUGGCCAUUUUAUUUCAGAUAUUUUGUUUGAGCCAUUUCUGGGAUUCUAUAACACUUUUUAUAGUCUUUGGGUUCUAAUUACUGGAAAUUAUAAAAUCUACAAUCUCUUCAAGUGCCAACAUGCAUAGCUGGAUACCUUUAUUAGAACCAAUAAAAACUCCUAAUAAAGGUAUUAACUGAUUCUGGAUUUGGGACUACAAUUCUUUAUGGUUGUUUGUUUUUUAAAUAUACAAAGUUAUCAUUCCCCAGGGUUUCUCUCUAGAUCCAGAUAACUGGAAUUGUCUUCAGGAUAGACAAAGCAGGUUGCUGCUGUGAUCAUCUUUACUAUGGAGUAAGGUUCCAAUUCUGCAUACACUUACCUGGAAGUAAAUCCCACUGAGUAAACAUGUUUAGGAUUAGAGUGAGUUUGAUACAACCUUGAACCAGGUUCUCCUUCCACACAUCUCUCUGUAGCUCCAAUUGUUUCCCUGCCCUAAAUAAUUUCCUGUUCUACCUUGGCUCCCUUUUCCUGUCCCGCGUGUCUCUGCAGCCAUGUUCAGGCCUAGCAAGGUGCAUAACAGAACUCAAACCCAAUCAAGUUGUUUAGGCCUCUGAAGCAGAAAAUCCUGCCAUCACCUCUUGUCCCCUUUCCUGGCAGCAGAAAUGCAAUAAUUAAUUAAACAAACAAACAAACAAACAAAUAAAAGAAUUAGCUCAUUUUCCUUGCUGUCCCAAAUCAGCUAUUUGCACCAGCUGCUUCAUGCUGUGUGUGUGCAUUUCAAGAACCCGCCUUCUAAGGACUCCAAUAUUUGUUAAGAGAGGUGACUAGAUAGGGGAGCAAAGGGCAUUUGCUUUGAGAACAAACCUCGGGCAAAAACAUUCAAGUGAGGCAGCAGAAGGGGAAGAAUAAUUGGUAAACCACCCAGAGAGCUUUGGCUGUGCAGGGCCACAGAAAUGAAAUUAAGAAGAAGUGGAUAAAAACCCAGAUAAUCCAGGGGAUCAGAUUUAACAGAGAUCAUCAGGGCUCUUGUACCUUAAUUUCAGCAAGGGCUCUUUUUCUCCAGUUACAUGAAAAGCUGAAUCUUUCAAAAUAUCCUUCUGUACAGUAGACUUAGGUCUAUAAAAGUUCAUUAUGCCUCACUAAUUUUGUGAGUCUUUAAGGUGCCACAGGGCAUUGGGGUUUUGAACAGAAAAGAGGAAGAAGCUCCUGUCCUCC